AUGCCUCUCUCAAACCUUGAAUCACUUCCAAACGAACUAUUGAUUGAUAUUAUUGAGAAAUACAUUAAUGGAGUAGAUCUACUAAGAGCUUUUGACUUUCAACUUAAUCAACGUUUCAAUGCACUUAUUACACGAUGCCAACGACUUCGUUUUGAUUUUAUUCGAUGUCAAAAAGACGAUUUUCGAUUCUGUAUGAAUCUUUUACCAGCCUAUAUCGAUAAAAUAGAAGAAUUAUUCAUAUCAGAACAAGACACACCUGGUCAAGUUGAUGCUUUUCUUUCUUUUUUACCAUCAUUUGAAUCAUUUAAACAACUUCGAACACUUUAUUUUCAUUUUGAUGGUGAAGUUAUUGAUUGGCAAAUUGUUGAAAGAGCUCUUAAUUCCUUAUCAAAAAUGACGAUUAACACUUUAUCAAUUAAAGCAACAAACACAGAUAAUAGAUCCUCAUUAGGAAAUGUUAUUGUCGAUCUUUUUCGCUUAAAAUCGCUUAAACAAUUUUCUCUUAUGAGUAAAAUAGAUUCUAUAAACUGGAGUGAUUUGGCCAAGGUCUCAUCAAAUAUUGAACAUUUGACUAUUUCUGGUAUACAUUUUCGAUUUCAAGAUCUACAAUAUAUUUUCAAAUGUACUCCUCAUCUUAAAUAUCUCGAUGUUGAUUUAAUCAAUAUAAUAUAUCCUUAUCAUGAUGAAACAGAAAGGAAACAAAAAAAGAAUAUGAUACCAACGUCUACACUUAGUACACUAGUCUUAUAUUUUCAACGAGACAGUUCAAUAACAAUGGAUAUGUUAACAGAAUAUUUGACAUGUAUACCUGUUUUAAAGCAUCUUGAAAUUAAAGCACACAGUAAACUUCUUGAUGCAAAUGCAUGGAAGAUGUUGUUGGAAACAUCCUUACCAUUACUAACUCAUUUUACUCUUCAAACAACUACAUUUCGUAUAGAAGAAGUUGAUCUUCAAGAUGUGCUCACUUCAUUUCAAAGUUCAUAUUGGAUAUCGAAAAAGAACUUCAAUAUAAUAGUAACCAAACAUGAAUAUUCGGAUUUCGAUGGUUUCGGCAUAGACAAAAUGAAACACAUUGUUCGAUAUGAAUUUGAUUGGCCUGUUAUUCAAUGUUGGAUAGCACCUAAACGUACUGGUAAUAAUAAUAAUCUUAUGAUAGAAUCAACAUUACCUAAUAUUUAUUUAAGAAGUAUUAAUUUAGCGCAAUAUAUCGUUGAACUUGUCCAUUCUAAUAUAGAUAAAAUACCUAAACUUGUUGUAUGA